AUGGCGAAUUCAUACCUUAUGCAAUCUCUGUAUGACCCGAAUUCGCCUGCGCCCGCCGUCAAGUCUGAAGCUCCUGUAUCCGAGGAAGGUGAGAUACGAGAGCAGAAUGAGACUACAAACUCCGAGCAUUACAUACACGAUGCGCGCCGGCAGCUGAUAGAGUCCAACGAAGAACCCAUUGAAGUCGAUCGUCAAGUCGACCAGUGCUGGAAGCCGACUGGCGCCAACAAGCAGCCGAUAGGCAUCAAGAGCGAAUCUCCAGCUGCUCGAUAUGAUCAGGGUAUAAGCAGCUUCCCAUCUUUCCUGCAUAUCGAGACUCCUGCGCCUCUUCCGCCACUGCUGGUAAACACUGCACAUAAGUUGAGGUAUCCGGUCGAGCGGUAUCUUCCUCCCGCCGGGAUAUACUAUGAUCAGCUCGCUUUACCCACUGUCUUCGGCACCCACUUCUUCAAGAAGGAGUGCUGUAAAGUCUGUUGGAUCAUGCAUUACAACCCGGUGGGCGGUUCAGCAACGUCAUGCGGAAAGAAGUGCCAGGUCUGUGGAACAAGCCGCCACAAGCAUGAGAGCUGUCCACUAUUAUACUGCUCCGCUCAAUGGUACCAUGAACGCUGCGUUCCACACCGCCCAAAGACCCUCUAUGACCGACAGAUACGUCCUGAAGAUGACGAACUAGCCAUAAUGUGUGAGAUUGGUGUUCUGGAUCGAACACGCGGCCCCAACGGUAUCAUAAUCGCAAAGCCAGAUCAUCCUGUUGUGAAAGCCUUCUAUGAUGGCCGACCCGACCCACAGCCGAUGACAACCAGGAUCAUGGAUACAGAGCGAAAACCCCGCUCAGUGUUCACCACUACUGCCGAAGGUUUCUCGUUUGUCCCAAACGUCCAAUCUCAACAAACGCUCUCACUGCGAAAGCGCCCGUUCAGCCUACCAAGCACAACCGUCAACAACAGUCUUGAUCCUUACCUCCGAGAUCCUUAUACUCCUACGUAUCCAGCUCGACAUGAGAGUAUUCAGCAUAAGAUUGUGAUGGACCAAAACGAUAUAACCACGACCAAUCCACUACACACUGAAGAUAAACUUCAAGAGCAGGAGAUAGAGAUUCUCAAGUUGAAAAUGGAGGCUGCUAUCAAAGAUCGGGAGGUUCGGAAGCUCAAGGCAGAGAAUGAUGCGCUCAAGUUAGAGAACGAGAAGCUACGUAUCUAUCCCAUCAGCACCGGCGGCACCUUCGAGACUGGGAGCAAGCGGUCGCGCUCCUACUUCUAG